AAAAAGUCUACACUGCUAUCGAAUGCUCAGCCCACAAAGACAAAUAGUAUUGGAGAGGCAGGGCAGCAGGGCAGAGGUGCAGAUGAAAAGAGCCUGGAGAAACUAUUGCUUUAAGCUCUGAAAUACAACUACCAGACCUCCAAAACAAAAGAGUGCUGUCGGCUAGAGGAUCUCACUCAGAAAAAAAGGAGAGGGCAGUAGAGCAAAAAAAAAAUGAAUGGACAGAAGCAGUGGACACGGGUGGCAAUAGCACUCCUGGUGCUUACAGUGAUUGCAGCUGAAGGAGGCAAAGCAGAAAAACAAGGAAAGAAGGAACGCAAGUCAGACUGUGGGGAUUGGCAGUGGAGUGUGUGCGUAGCCAACGAAGGGGACUGUGGACUUGGCACCAGGGAGGGAACGCGCGCCGGCACUGACUGCAAGCAGACCAUCAAGACCCAGCGCUGCAAGAUCCCGUGCAACUGGAAAAAGAAGUUUGGAGGUGAAUGCAAGUACGACUUCCAGGCCUGGGGGGAGUGCGAUCUGGCAACGGGCAAGAAGAACAGAACGGGAGUGCUAAAGCGAGCGCUCAUGGACGCGACCUGCGCUGCCACCGUCACAGCCACCAAGCCUUGUGGGAAAACCCCUAAAACCAAGCUGCAAGAUGCAAAGAAGCAAAAGAAGGAAGGCAAGAAGCGAGAGCGCACCCAAAUGGCUGAUGAGCUUGUUUGAGCCGGUGAAGAAGGAAGAAGACAGCGGAACAGACGGCCCUAUUUCAACAUGGUUCCUCUUUACGUGUCCUGUAGGUUGACUGUAGGAGCCCGUAUAGCUUUGACAAAAAUCAGUCAGAAGAUGACUCUUAGUGACCACGUUUUACUUUUUUCUUCUUUCUAGCACCUGAGGAGAAAGACUUGUAUGUUGCAAUAGAGGAUGUAAUACAAUAGAGAUAAAUAAUCAGAUUUAAUUAGUCGCAUUCCCACUUAAUGAUGUUAUGUCUAGAAUUAUUUUCUCAAGGGCAAAUUGCUUAGGAUUUGUCUUACAGUUUCACAUAGCAUAACCCUAAUUUGGAAAACUCUUUGAUCCAUGCCCAGACUUAAUAAGUCGGUUUGUUAAAACUGAAGCUAUGAAAAUGUUUACUCAAUUAAUUUGAGCAAAAAAAAAAAAGUCAUGAAUUUGCAAUUUGUGGCUCACUUUAAUUAUAAUUCUUUUUCUUCCUGUCAAAUAGCACCGAAUAAACAUAAGAUAGUUUUUUUUUUCUCCUGCUGCCCUGUUGUACUCACUUUAUUAUACUCACUGGUUGUAACUCUCCAUCUCUCGGUUGUAAAAAAAAGAACGAAAAAAACAAACAAAAACGAGUCCCCACUGUGGUAGCCCUUCGAGUUAACAUCCUCUCUGUUUCCUGGUACAUUUCCAAAAGUUAAAAAUGCAUAAAAUAAAAUUCAAAGUUAGAAAACA